AUGGCUCCAGCUGCCUUUGAUGCCAACACACAGCUCAACUAUGCUCGCCACAUCAAGUACUGGCGGCGAAAUUUGAAGACUCUGCUGCCGCACUUCUACACCAGCAAUGACUCCAACCGCAUGCUCUUGGCCCUCUUCACUGUGUCUGCCCUCGACAUUUUGGGAGAUUUAGACGCCGCUUUGUCAGCCGAGGAGCGGCAAGGCCACAUUGAUUGGGUCUACAGUUGCCAACUGCCUGAAGGAGGUUUUCGUCCAUGGCCAGGGUCCAACUAUGGCGAGCUCAGAAGUGAAGAAAACAAAAACUGGGACCCUGCCCACAUUCCUGGAACUUUCUUUGCGCUCCUUACGCUGGUCGUGCUGGGAGAUGAUUUAGAGAAGGUGAAGAGGAAAGAGAUUCUGAUAUGGCUGGCUAAGAUGCAGCGACCAGAGGGCAGCUUCGGAGAGACCUUGGGCGAUGGUGACUAUGUUCAUGGCGGCAACGACUCAAGGUUCGGCUACAUGGCUACAGCUAUUAGAUGGAUACUUCGAGGCGACCUAGAGGGACCUUGUGAAGGCGUACCCGACGUAGAUGUUGACAAGUUUGUCACUUGUGUUCGACAAGCAGAGUGCUACGAUGGAGGUAUCUCCGAGGCGCCCUAUCAUGAGGCACACGCUGGCUUCACCUGCUGUGCCAUCGCUGCUCUGCAUUUCGUCGGUCGUCUGCCCUUACCACCGUCGCAAAAACCGGACGGUCUCAUCCGUGGAGUGACCGACGUUCCAAAGACCCUGCACUGGCUUGUCUCAAGGCAGACUCUGACGCUGGACGAGGAUGAUGGUCUUGACACCUUGAACGACGAGACAGAUACAUCAGAAACGUGCCAUGACGCGCAUACGUUUGUCAAGUUGGGCUCCCGUCCAUCCGCACAAGCGAAGUCAAACAUCAAAGGACGACCCCAUAUCCACUUUGAACUGGAGUGGGUGGGAGUGAAUGGUAGAUGCAACAAGGUAGCGGAUACAUGUUACGCCUAUUGGACUUCUACACCUUUACAACUCCUUGGUCAUCUGGAUAUCAUCGAUCGGCAACCCAUCAGGAAAUGGUUGCUAGACAAGACGCAGCAUCUCGUAGGAGGGUUCGGCAAGGUCACUGGAGACCCACCGGACAUGUACCAUUCUUUCCUAGGCCUCAUGGUCCUUGCCAUGUUUGGAGAGACUGGUCUCCAGGACGUUGACUCGGCGCUGUGUAUCACACACAAGGCGAAGAAACACCUAGAAUCGCUUUCGUGGAGGAGGAAGAUCCUCGGGAUGGACAACUCGCAUAACAGCACGCAAGUCCCGUUGCAAGAAAGCAUAGGCCUGACUGGCGACAAGACGCAGAUAGACGCAUAG